AUGGCCCCGCUACCAGCUGAGCGUGUGCAGCCAAGUCCGACGUUUCACGUAACUGGCAUCGACUUUUGCGGUCCUUUCUACGUCAAAUCAGAGGUCAGGAAUCGCUCACCAACGAAAUGCUACAUCUCAAUUUUUAUAUGCUUUGCAACGAAAGCUACGCAUUUAGAGUUGGUAGAGGACCUGUCCACGUCAUCGUUUAUCGCUGCCUUGAAGAGAUUCAUCAGCCUUCGAGGGAAACCGCAUACAAUAUGGACAGACAACGCCACAAAUUUCGUGGGUGCUCGAAAUGAGCUGAAGGAACUGCGCGACCUGUUUAUAAGCGAUCCCCAGCGCAAUGAGAUUGUUCGCAACUGCCUAGCUCUGGGAAUCAACUGGAAAUUCAUUCCGCCCCGUUCGCCACAUUUUGGAGGAUUGUGGGAGGCCGCUGUCAAGUCAGCAAAAUAUCAUUUUUACCGCGUCGUUGGAAAUUCUCUUCUCUCAUUCCACGAAUUCCGAACUCUCAUCUGUCAAAUAUCCGCAAUGCUUAACUCAAGACCGCUUUGCUCUAUUACAGAAAACCCGAAUGACUUGGAGAUACUCACGCCUGGGCACUUCAUCUGGGGCAAAGCCAAAGCCACUAUCGACGAGCCAGACAUAACUCACCUAAGCAUAGGUCGCCUCAGCCGUUGGCAGCGAAUAUGUCACAUGCAGCAAUCAUUUUGGAAGAAAUGGAGUACAUCGUAUUUGUCGUUGCUCCAAGAGCGCGGGAAAUGGCGAUCGUCCAAGCAAAAUCUUCAGGCCGGCAGCAUCGUGCUGCUCAAGGAGGACAAUGCACCACCACUCAGGUGGCCGCUUGGUCGAGUCGACAGCGUCUUCACGGGUGACGACGGCAUUGUGAGAGUAGCAGUCAUUCGUACACAAAAUGGUCUGGUCAAGAGAGCUAUUGCCAAAAUCGCCGUUCUGCCAACCGAGACCACAUCGGUUGAAAGCUUGUAUCUUCCAACGGGGGGAGCAUGUUCGCAGCAGAACGCCCUCUGA